UCCAUGGGAAAGCAGCUUGCCUGUAGUAGGACUCCGAGGCAGUUUUAAGUUAAAAAUCGAACAGACCUCUUUUUUCAUCUUUACACGUUAAGAAAAGAGCCUAGCAUCUCUCGCAUGAGUGUGAGCACGGAGCACGUGUGAGAAAGAGACAGUGAAAGAACUACCUCGUGACCUCAUGUGAGAAAGAAAGAGUAGAAAGGACAUUUCUGCUGGGUUCUCGUGCUGCUGUUGAGUUUGCUGAUUGCUGAGUACCUGUCUGGUACUUGUCCAAAAAGCGUUUUGUGGCCGGCUAGUAGUUAUACAAAAAGGUUUACCUCUAUAUUUUGUACGAGGAAAUAAAUCACGAUUUUUUUUAGUGCGGAAAGGUUGUCGUGCAAAUACGAAAUACGAAUAAAGUUCUGUGAACGGCAUGGCUCUGGCUUCUCAAGUUGAGACAGGUGACGAAAAUGGGGCCCUGAAAAUCCCACUGGUUAACGGCAAGAAAGAUGACACGGAGUCCGAAGCAAAGCAAAAUGGAGAGACAGGCGGCAAUGCGAGCGGUUCCGUUGAAAAUAUUCUUGAGAAGGGUGAAGUUGAGGCUACCAAAGAAGGAGAGAAAGAGAAAGAUAUCGCGAAAAUCAAGGAUGAGAAAGACGGAGAGGGUGAGAAAGAUAAAGAUUCAUCAAGUGAACAAGAAGUUGUCUUCAUCCAGGAUAUGGGCUUCACCGUAAAAAUUGUUAGUCCUGGAGCGGAACCUUUCGAUAUUCAGGUUUCAAGCAUGGAGCUAGUGCAGGAGAUCCAUCAACUUCUUAUGGAUCGUGAGGAUACGUGCCACCGGACAUGUUUUUCACUCCAACUUGACGGAAAUACACUCGAUAAUUUUGCCGAAUUAAAAAACAUCGAAGGUCUGAAGGAAGGUUCGGUGAUAAAGGUCGUUGAAGAACCAUAUACAAUGCGAGAGGCUCGCAUUCAUGUCCGACAUGUUCGAGAUUUACUCAAGUCCGUCGAUCCUGCAGAUGCCUACAACGGAGUCGAGUGUAGCAGUCUAUCGUUCCUGAACGUCGUCACGAAUGGCGAUAUCCUAGAGAAAAAGAAAUCUAGAGCUGACUCAGUCGACUGCACACCUCCCGAUUACAUUAUACCCGGUUGCAAGGACAGACCGUUACUACCCCUGCAACCUCAAGCGAAGGAACAAAAAUGUCCACCCUGCUUAAAGGUUUUAACGACAUCGGGAUGGAAUCCACCGCCAGGUCACAGAAAGCUUCAUGGAGAUUUGAUGUAUCUGCACGUGAUCACGCUGGAGGAAAAGCAGUAUUACUUGACAGCCUGCGCUCGAGGUUUCUUCGUUAAUCAAUCUUCAAAAGAAACUUUCAAUCCGAAACCAGCAACCCCAAGUCAUCUUUGUCACAGUCUUAUAGAACUUCUUAAUCAGCUAAGUCCGGCAUUUAAAAGAGGGUUUGCAGCUAUGCAGAGGCGCAGAACACAAAGACAUCCAUUUGAAAGGGUUGCAACGCCCUAUCAACUUUAUGCUUGGAGUGCACCUCAAAUUGAACACACUAUUGAUGCCAUUCGUGCAGAAGAUACUUUUUCUUCCAAACUGGGAUACGAAGAACACAUUCCAGGUCAAACUCGCGACUGGAACGAGGAACUACAAACUACAAGGGAACUUCCACGAAAAAAUCUUCCUGAACGGUUAUUGAGGGAACGAGCGAUAUUCAAGGUUCAUAGUGAUUUUGUGGCAGCGGCGACUCGGGGCGCAGUUGCAGUAAUUGAUGGCAAUGUUAUGGCCAUAAAUCCGGGCGAAGAACCUAAGAUGCAAAUGUUCAUUUGGAAUAACAUAUUUUUCUCCCUUGGAUUUGAUGUGCGAGAUCAUUAUAAAGAACUUGGCGGUGAUGCUGCUGCUUUCGUAGCGCCUCGAAAUGAUCUCCAAGGUGUUCGAGUUUAUGCUGCUGUAGAUCUUCCGAGCCUUUAUACACUGGGGACAGUUGUAAUUGAUUAUAGAGGAUACCGAGUUACUGCUCAAUCUAUUAUACCGGGAAUUUUGGAGCGUGAACAAGAACAGUCUGUGGUUUAUGGCUCAAUAGAUUUUGGAAAGACCGUUCUCACACAUCCUAAAUACCUUGAAUUGCUGAAUAAGGCGGGUCAGCAGCUCAAAAUUUUACCUCACAAAGUGAUAAACGACGCAGAAGAAGAAAUAGAGCUCUGCAGCAGCGUUGAAUGCAAAGGAAUUAUUGGAAACGAUUCUCGGCACUAUGUUUUGGAUCUUUUGAGAACUUUUCCUCCUGACGUAAACUUUCUAAAACUUGAAGGUGUCGAAUUGAGUAAAGAGGCACGGGCCCUGGGAUUCCCUGUUGAGCACAAACAUAGACUGGCGUGUCUUCGUCAAGAACUAAUAGACUCAUUUGUGGAAGCAAGAUAUGUACAAUUUAUUAAACAUGCAGCUGUUCAUCUUCAACAAUUAACGUCAUUUAGGAGGUCGCAGAAAGAAAAAGAAGUUUGCCCAAAGGACGAGAAAAAAGAGGACACAGGCGUCACAUCCAUUGACAGCAAUAAAGAAGACUCCACACAGUCUACCAUAGAAGCUGACGAGGCUAAAAAAAUUGUGGAGAGCAUCACGGAUUCCAUUACGGGGGGUGAAAAGCAAGAACUUGAAGAGAGCACAAAAGAAAUAGUACGUAGAGCUGCAGCGGCAGUCGGCAGUUUGCGUGAAGCAGAAUUCGAUGUCAGAUUCAAUCCUGAUGUUUAUUCGCCGGGUGUUCAUCAUCCAGAUCAGAAUGGUCCUGCACUAAAGAAACAAAGGCAACUCAUAAGAGAUGCUGCUGAUUUUCUGUUGACUGUACAGCUUCCUACUUUUAUUCGCGAAUGUUUGGAUCACACGGCCGCAGCAAUGGAUGGGACUACAUUAGUGGAAGCUCUACAUGGAAGGGGAAUUAAUGUUCGUUAUCUUGGAAAACUGGCAGCUAUGCUUGCGGCUGUUCCACAGCUACAGUAUCUUAAUCGUAUUGCUGUAUCGGAACUUAUUCUACGUUCAGCUAAACACAUCUUUACUUCUUAUAUGCAGGGGACUGAGUUGAUGAGUUUAUCGGCAGCGAUCAGCCAUUUUUUCAACUGCUUCCUGUCAUCAGCACAGCUUGUUCAUCCUCAACAGAAUUUAGAAGAGCUUCAGAGUAAAACAGCGAAACGUCGCAAUAAACGAAAAGGCCGUAAUAAUGGUCCCCAGCAAGCAGAAGUGGAAUGGGCAUCUCUUACACCUAAAACUCUUUGGCAGCAGAUUAAAGCCGAUCUAAAGAGCUAUUACGACUGGGAGUCACCUACGCCGGAGUCACUGGAUGCUUGUAUUGAACAUUUUCAUUUACAAAAAAUUUCACUGCUUAGAGGCUUUUGCAUUAAGAUGGGAAUUCAAAUCUUGCUGCGAGAGUAUAAUUUUGAAAACAAGAACAGAGCCUCAUUCUUCGAGGAAGACAUACUCAGUAUCUUCCCAGUAGUUAAACAUAUCAACCCUAGGGCGAGCGAUGCAUAUAAUUUCUACACCACUGGUCAAAGUAAAAUUCAGCAAGGUUAUUUGAAGGACGGAUAUGAAUUAAUCAGUGAAGCUCUUAAUCUGUUGAAUAAUGUAUAUGGAGCUAUGCAUCCUGAAAUCGCCCAGUGUCUUAGAAUGCUUGCACGAUUGAACUAUAUUAUGGGUGAUCAUGGUGAGGCCCUCGCUACUCAACAGAAAGCUGUUCUCAUGUCGGAAAGAGUCAAUGGCAUAGAUCAUCCAUAUACUAUUACUGAAUACAUACACUUGGCUUUGUAUUCAUUUGCCAACGGCCACGUUUCAGCCUCUCUAAGAUUAUUGUACCGAGCACGAUAUCUUGCACUCCUGGUUUGUGGCGAAGAUCAUCCAGAAGUUGCUUUACUCGACAGCAACAUCUCCUUGAUUCUGCACGCGGUUGGAGAGUAUGAGCUUUCACUGCGAUUUUUAGAGCACGCACUUGCUCUAAAUCUACGUUACCAUGGACCUCGUUCACUGAAAGUAGCUGUGUCUUAUCAUCUGGUAGCUCGUACACAAUCCUGUAUGGGAGAUUUUCGCGCGGCUCUCAACAAUGAAAAAGAAACAUACGCAAUUUACAAACAACAGCUAGGGGAAGAACAUGAGAAAACCAAGGAAAGUAGCGAUUGUUUGAGACAUUUGACGCAGCAGGCAGUGGUUUUACAGAAAAAGAUGAAUGAAAUUUACACUGGGAAAUCAGGCGUAAGCCUUCCACCCAUUCAAAUUCAGCCACCUAGUAUGGGUUCGGUGUUAGAUAUGCUCAACGUUAUUAAUGGUAUCCUUUUCGUGCAAAUCAGUCAACAAGACAUCGAGAACUUUAAGGCUGAGAUUGAGAAGCGGCAAAAAGAACAAACGCCGGAUUUAAUAGUGAAAGCCAUUGAAAACGAAGAAAAAAACGAAGAGAAGGAAAAUACGAAAAUAUCGAAAAUUGACGAAGCCAGGAUCGAGCUGAAGCUUUUGGAAGAAGCCAAACCAUCAUUAGAAACGACGGUCGCUGCCGAAAGCUGAGAUUCUUAAGAACAUUAUCAGAAAGCCAAACGCAUAUUUAACGUCCUAGUCUUUGUAAUAACGUUCGCGACGCUUCAAGAAAGAAAGCAAAGUGGAUUCAAGCUCUCCCAACCACAUCGUUUUCUCUAUGUGCAUAUUAAUCAGUCGCUCAGAGUUCUUGGACGUUGCGACAACAAAUCGCGAGCAAAGUUUCGCGUUAUCGUCUAGAAAAGCGUAUAGUAAACGCUCCGACAAAAAUCCUAGUUUUAAUUCCAUUUUGUUACUAGUAGAAGCAAUAAAAACAUAGUUCGAAUAAUUCGCAGUGCGGAAUAUUAUUAAAACUAUUUAACUUGACUUUCAAGUUUAUUUAAUUUUUGGUGGAAAGUCAACGUCAAUGUCCGGCGAUGUGGGACACUAAUUUGCGUGUGUACACUUGUUCUUGUCUUUAAAUACGACAAGAGACUACAACAAAGUGUAGAGGAACACUUAAAAGAUAAUACAUCUUGUUAUGAGGGUGAAAUAAUCGAGCAAUGGUAAUCGCUGAUAAUAAAGUUUUUGCGAAUAUUA